AUGAAGCCCCUGAUUGAGAUGGCUUUGCCUGAAUCUCUUUUCGUCUAACGCCUCUCCAUCUUACUGGCACACCUGGAUUACACAGGGAAGAGCUCCAAUGAGGUUGUAGCUAUAGUAUCAGCUAUAUUCGGUGAAGAAAACAAGAAUCGUUAUCGAGAAAUUUGUAUUGGGAUGGUAGAAUCAAAGAUGGGAACAAGACAGAUCUCUUGCGUGGACGGCAGCCAUACUUAAACCAACUAUAACUAAUCAAAAAUACGAAUGGCACCUGCCAAUGGCUAUUUCAAAUUCGAUUCAGCUCUCAAAGACACAGAUGGUCAGAGUGACUUAUAGAAUUCGAAGAUCCGUCAGGAUUAUUACACUACCCAUUAAAUAGAAACCCCAGAUUAGAAAUAUUUCCUAACGGAAGGUAGAACAUCAUCGUCUCUUCCUAACCUUCGAUCAGAGGCUCCAAACACAUUUCCGGGCGGAGAUCGUGGAGCUGGUUCAUCAUUGAAGGCAGCAGGGGAAGAAAGGAAAAAUAAAUCAAACGUUAAUACAGAGAAGGCUGGCGAAUUCAAAUAAAUAACUACUAUUAACCACGUGUCCGACCUUCUUGCAGCAAUCAAUAAAAUUCAAAUUCCCAGCUCACAUAGCUAAAUAAUAUAGGAACUGCGAGGCGAUAUAGUAGGAGGCCGCCUCAAUACAAGUCUCUCUUCUCAGCAAGAUGCAAUCACGAGUGCUACAGCAUAUCUAAUCUGUAAAUCUAAGGAACCUAGCAACCAAGCACCAGUGCUUCGGCAAAUACUAUGCUUGAAACUCUUCAGGGCCCUGUCUCCGUAGCUACUGCAACCUCAAAUGUAUGCUCAAGCCCGAGUUCUAGGACCUUAUGGCAAUCUCUUUCAAGAUUCAAAUGGCGUCCUUUCGCUAUUCAAGAACUUUCUUGUCAAUAAGCGGUACUAUAAGAGGAGAACUGGCAAGAUGGUACUUAAAGCCAUGCAAGCUCAGGUGAGAUAGAGACACUAAGAUCGAGAGCUAGUUGAAUGUCCAGUGUCCCACAGGACUGAAUCAUAGGAGGGAAGAAUCAGCUAGUCGGGCGGCCUAGAUCUCCUGUAAUCUAACUUUAACCAUUCGAAUGCUCAGCCAGACUAUACCGAAAACCUCCAGGAAAUAUACAUAGCUGAUAAAUCUCAAGCCCAAUGCAGCAAGCAUUUAGGAAUCCUAAGUGCUGAUAGAGGUGGUGCUGAUUACCCAAGCAUGUAGGACGAUUGUCAGAUUGAUGCCUGGGCUAGUCAACUAUCACGAUUCUUGCAGGAGCUCUGUGAAAAAUGGAGAAACAUAGUGAAGACAAGAAGGUACAAGGUCCUCCAGACUAUUCUCACUCGCUAUCUCAGCCAAUUGUUGAGUGGUAAGUAAGUCAGCAUUGAGGAGCUCUUCACUAAUGAAGAGCGGCUAGAGCUGAACAAGAAGGAUAUGAUUGUAAAGGUCAACAUCAAAUUCAAUAAGAAAACCAAGAGAGCCCCAAGAGUAUCUGUAGAAGCACUCCUUGCUGAACUGAAAGGUGUGUGUGAGGAAAUUCACCAGUGUGUUUAAAUCGGUGAUCGCCUUGCAGUUUUCCUGAGCAUUGACUUUACAAAAACUGAUGUUGUGCCGGCACUAUGCAUGGAACUGCUUGUAAUGAAUCACCAUGCGGAAGCGCAGCAAUCAAAGGCACUGAAAAUCCCUGCGAGACAAAUGAAAAUGAAGAAACCCCUACACAAGCUCUCAAAGUAUGUAUUAGAGCUUAGGCAGUAUCAGGCACUCAUGGCCAACUUAGAACUGAAGUUAAACCAGGUGCUAAAGCCAUGCAAGCUCAGGAGGGUAAGGCUACUGGACUUUAUUAACAAGAAUACUGAACUACCUGAAUCCCUCUGGAAGUUCAGGGGUGCCCUGAAUAUAGAUAACAGUGUGAAAGCCACUGCGCUGCUGGGCUAAUCCAAUAUAGCAGACAUCUUGAACUCUGCAGCCUAUGAACUGGAAACAGAUACUGGGACCAUUAUCAUCUAUGACGAGACUCUAAACAUUGAGUUCAAGCCUGAAGAAUCUCAAUGCAAAUACUGGAAUGGACCAACCAAUAAUCUUAAUGAAGUAGGGGAUAAACAUCUGGGCGGGUUUGAGAACAAGAAACUAGACUGCUGA